AUGCCCAUCUCACACCUUGGUGUCGUUGUCCGCGACGUUAAAAAGUCCCAGGAACUCUAUCUCGCUGCUCUUACGCCUUUGGGUUACAAAGUCGUACUCUAUGAGAACAAUGGGAAGACUGCAGUACUUGGACAGACUGCUCCAGAGUUCUUCCUCGCCGAACGAACCCCUGACAGGGAUGCUCCCAAGGGAGAGUACAUACACCUCGCCUUUGUGGCAAACAGCCCAGAGCAAGUCGAUCAGGUUUAUGCUGGAGCUCUCUCUGCGGGCGCUAAAGACAAUGGGCCACCCGGCCUCCGCCCCCAAUAUGGGCCAACCUACUACGCAGCAUUUUUCUACGAUCUCGAAGGCCGAAACAUCGAAGCAUGCUACAUCGGCCCAAAAGCAUAG